CGGUCCCUAUUUUGUUUCCCGAACUACUUUGGACAUUCAGGGGACUUUCUCAACUGCUGUGGGGUGUCCCGUUUUCCUCCCGCUAUGAUAGUGCGGCCCAUAAAGCUGCUCAAAAUCUUGCUCAAGUCGGGCCUUUUUCCCGGUUACUGGCUCAUCUUGGUCAGCUGCCCCCCCCACUGCGUACAUCUUCACCAAGUUCACCUGGGAUGAUCAGGGGUGGAUCCAUCGGGGUGACAAGAAAAAGCUCUGCCACCCCAGAAUUAUCACAGAAUAAAAUAUAAAUUAGGCCUAUGUGUACUGCAUUUUUGCAGAACUGAGAAAUGACUGCCUAGAGCAUUAGCACUCCUGAAGAAACAACUAAGCUUAAAGCUUUUGAUCCACAAGCACAAAGAUGGCUACAUUUACAGAUUUUUGUGAAAUAACCCAGGUGGAUUUGGAGGAUAUUAAAGACUCCAUAUCUACUCAGGAUCUCCCAUCAGCUGUAAACAUGAUCAGAGAAUACCUCAAAGAGCAGGAUCUCAUAGAACUAAACAUUGGUGUCACUGGAGAGUCUGGUUCUGGAAAGUCCACGUUUGUCAACGCAUUCAGGGGUUUAGGAGAUGAAGAAGAGGGCUCUGCUAAAAUUGGGGUAGUGGAGACCACUACAGAGCCUGGGGUUUACCUUCACCCAAAAUACGAAAACGUAAAAGUGUGGGAUCUUCCUGGCAUCGGAACACCAAACUUCAAAGCUGAUGAGUACCUUAAACUGGUUCAGUUUGAACGCUAUGAUUUUUUCAUCAUCAUUGGUUCAGAUCGGUUCAGAGAAUGUCACACUCAGCUGGCCAAAGAGAUCAUGAAAAUGAAGAAAACAUUUUAUUUUGUUCGUUCCAAGAUUGACAUGAGCAUUGAGGCUGAAAAGAGAAAGAAAAACUUUGACCUGAAAAAGACAUUGAACACCAUCCGAGAGGACUGUGAAAACGGUCUGAGAAAGAUUGGUAUAGAGGAUCCUGUCGUGUUCCUGAUCUCUGGCUGGGAGCUCGGAAAGUAUGAUUUCAAUGCUCUGCAGGAGAGGAUGGAGAAAGAGCUUCCACAGCAUAAGAGACGUGUGCUGAUAUUGGCUUUGCCGAAUAUUACGCUGGAGAUUAAUGAGAAAAAGAAGAAAGCUCUAAAGAAGGACAUUACAAAGGUUGCCAUCCUGUCUGCUUGUGUGGCUGCUGUUCCCAUUCCUGGUCUUUCAAUCGCUGUGGAUUUAGCCAUCAUAGCAGUUGAGAUAGAAAAGUACAGCAACGCCUUUGGUCUUGAUAAGCAGUCUUUGAAGAAGGUCUGUAAAAGAUAUGGGAAGAGAAUAGAGACUGUCGAAGUUCUGAUUAAGUCAGCUUGGUAUAAAGGAAUAUUCACAGGUUCCAUCAUAGCCAUACUAAAACAGGUAUCCUUUCUGAUAACAGAAGAAGCUGUUGAGUCUAUUGUUAGCUUUGUGCCCUUUCUAGGCACUGUAGCAGCAGGAGCAAUGUCCUUUUGGGCUGUGUCAACAAUGCUGAAGAGUGCUCUGAAUGAAAUAGCAGAAGAUGCCAGGAAUGUGCUAAUGGGUUUGGUGGAGACUAAAGUGUAAUCAGACAGAUUUAAUGUACCAGUUACUUAAAGUUGUUGCAAGGUGUAUAAUAUUCAAUAGUUCAAAGUUAACUAUUUUGGAAAGAACACAAUAGUUCUGGCACAUUUUAUACACAGAAUUUUAACAGAAAAUUGUGAUUAUUUAGGCAUUGAUAACUAUUUAUGUUGUUUUGACUUUUAUAUACUCAAAAAGUAACUGAAUUAAAAACAAAUUUAUUAAAUACACUGCAUGAAACUCUGCAGAAGCAAAUGUGUUGCUUUUGGUAGGAACCUUAUUUGUUUAUUGUGUUUAUUUUAUGGGAUUUAAGUAAUUUUCCUUAAAAUAUGUGUC